GAUGCUUCAAGACUUUUACGCACUCUGGCGAAGGCGCCGCCGUCGUGGCGGUCCUCGCGGUGGAGUAUGUGUGGGAUGAUACCGAGAACUUCGGGGAGGCGGUGCGCAGCCGCCUUCAUUGGUCCUGGGAAAAUCUAGCCUGGUGGCAUCGGGCCAAUGUACUUCGGGUCUACGAACCUGUUGCCCUUGCACUCAAAGCCAGUGCGUCGGAUCUCCUUGGUGGCCUGCAGCCGAAGAACCUCCAUAGGCUUUCCCUGCUGUCCCACGCGAUCACUGCGGUAACGGCUUUUGGCGGCAGCUCGAUGCUGCUCCGAUUCCACCAUCAGGUGGACACUUCGAGACUUUGUUGGCAGACGGCCUGCUGUGUCUUUGGCACUGCCUUCUUUGCAGUUCACCCACUUUGUGUCCAAGCUGUGUGUUGGUCGUCUUGCCUUCCGUACCUGUGGGCAACAUCGCUGUCCUGGCUCUCUAUUUCAUCUUACGUGAGCUGUGUCUGGCGGCUCCAUCACCAGCCGCAGCAGUACAUGCUGUCGACCGUGGUGCUUGCCUUCAUGUCAGGCAUCUUCUAUUUCGCUGCUGUCAUGUGCAAGGCACUUCUGGGGAUAUGA